GCGAGACUCUGCGCUGUUCUUCCAUGGAAAGUCGCCAGGAGGGUCCCCAGGUGGCUAUCGCUUCGCGGCUCAAGCCAUAUCGACCUUGUUGUUCACUCGAGCUACAGCUUGAUUGGAGCCGGCACACAGCACGCUUCAGCAACGUCGGACGAGGGAACAGAGAAGAACCGAACAGCCUCUUCCACACGCCGACACAGGGUCGGCGGAUUUCGUCUCAAGACCCUUUCGGGCUCAACCAGCCGCGGUGCCGUGUCUUUCUGGAUUCCUUUUUUCGGAUGCUGGACAUCGGUCUAGGGUCUCGACAAAGCAGUCGUUCCUACGAAGCUUCGAUCAAUAAUUGCGGUCGGACAAGACAAUGGAGCGCAGCAUUGUCGUUGCUCCGCGAAGGAAUUCAUUUAGGUGUGAAGCUCGUCCCAAACCACUACAACGCUGGGAUCAGCGCGUGCGGGAAGGGCGAGCAGUGGCAGCGGGCGCUGGCGCUGCUGAGCGAGAUGUGGGAGGCGAAGUUGAAGCCCGACGUCAUUUUCAGCUACAACGCUGGGAUCAGCGCGUGCAAGAAGGGCCAACAGUGGCAGCAAGCUCUAGCACUGCUCAGUGAAAUGUGUGAGGCGAAGCUGGAGCCUAAUGUCAUCAGCUACAACGCUGGGAUCAGCGCGUGCGAGCAGGGCGAGCAAUGGCAGCGGGCUCUGGUGCUGCUCAGCGAGAUGAGGGAUGCGAAACUGGAGCCCGACGUCAUCAGCUGCAACGCUGGGAUCAGCGCGUGCAGGAAGGGCGAGCAGUGGCAGCGGGCUCUGGCGCUGCUCAGCGAGAUGUGGGAUGCGAAGCUGAAGCCCGACGUCAUCUUCAGCUACAGCUCUGGGAUCAGCGCGUGCGAGAAGGGCGAGCAGUGGCAGCGAGCGCUAGCGCUGCUGAGCGAGAUGCGGGAGGCGAAGCUGGAGCCCAGCACCAUCAGCUACAAUGCUGGGAUCAGCGCGUGCGAGAAGGGCGAGCAGUGGCAGCGGGCGCUGGUACUGCUCAGCGAGAUGUGGAAAGCAAAGCUGGAGCCCGACGUCAUCUCUUCAGCUACAGCUCGGGCAUCAGCGCGUGCGAGAAGGGCGAGCAGUGGCAGCGGGCGCUGGCGCUGCUGA